UAAAUAAGAGACAUACAUAAUGUGGCGAUCAUACCUUGAAAUAUUAUUUGUGACGAUAGCUGUGUCAUUACUAAUGUCACAAAUCGUAGCUAAUCCAGUGAAUAUGCAAUCAUCAGAAGUGACAACAGAAACGACGACAGCAUCGAUAAUUGAUAAACUUGCAAGCACAACAGUUGCACCAAAGUGCAUAGUUAAUUCUCAGCCAUGCGGAUGGGGUGUCUUUUCAAAGAAUCGAAAAAAGAUUGAUUAUUUCAUUAAAAAUACAUGCAAAUGCGCAUCAUCACAAAAGUGUCUGCUUGACGGUGAGGACCUAAGUCUUGGAGCAUAUGUGUAUCGGUGUAAAGAGCGGACAGCAACGGCUUGACAUCCACAAUAGUUUCCGAUUAUCGAAUAGUCUUUAAGCACCUUCUAGAUUUUAGUAUAUAUAUUUUUUUCUUUUGACAUCGUGUGUGGAAAUUGAACCUUAAGACUUAAUUUUUAAUUUAUUUUUGUGGACGAAGAAAAAAUUGAAAAGGCAAAAAAGGAAGGAAUCAAACCUUUUUUUAUAGUUGAUGAUAAAUAUUAGGAAAAACUAGUGUGUACAAUUUUAUUAUUUCUAGUAGUUUACUCUUAUUAGACUUUAG